CAGUAAACAUGGAUUGUCACACCAAAUUCAACCCAUUCCUUCCUUAGCAGUGUUUGAAGUUGACGCUGAGAUUGGGUGAAAUAUUUUGGCCGUACUUGGUUCUGGGAGCCUCUUUUCAGCCUCGAUGUCCGGAAAACGGGAACACGUCGAUUCGGCCUAUGCGGGGGCCAGUGCGGGCUCGCAUCGCCGCACUUGGGACAAGGACGAGUACGCCCGUAAGGCGGCCGAGCGUGAGGACCAGGAGGAUGGCCAACGCCAAGCGCGCGCCCAGGUCUUGGCCCGCAAAUUCGCCCGGGAUGACUCGGAUUCCGACGAGGACGGCCACCGACCCUAUGCCGAGGACUUGGGGCGAGGCGCCAUGGGCGAGGACGGUGAACCGCCCAUUAAGCGGGCGCCGCUCCAACGUCGCGAAUACAAAGUCGAUCUGGACUCCAAAUUGGGCAAAAGCGUGGUCAUCAAUAAGAACUCACAUUCGGCUCAAACGGGCGGGUACUAUUGUAACGAAUGCGAUUGCGUCGUCAAGGACUCGAUCAACUUCCUCGAUCACAUCAACGGCAAGAAACAUCAAAGGAACCUGGGUAUGUCCAUGAAGGUAGAGCGAUCCUCGCUGGACCAAGUUAAAGCCCGAUUUGCUUCCUUGAAAAAGAAGAAAGAGGAUGACUCGGAACGAUCGUACAGCUUUCAAAGUAACGUGGCCGAUGCCAGGGAAGAGGAGGAGAAGUACAAGGCUCAUUUGAGAGAGAAGAAACAGGAGAAGAAACGAAAAGAGCGCGAAGAGAGGGAAUCGGCACUCACGGAUGGUAUCGAUCCGGACAUGGCUGCCAUCAUGGGAUUCUCCGGGUUCGGAACCUCCUCCAAGAAAUGAAACGCAUCAUACCUCAUUGAUUCGCGCAUCAUCUAAUUCAUUAUGCUCACGUUGUUUCCUUAAUGUUUAGGAAUGGGGAAUACAUAGGGAAUCCCUCACA